AUGCCACCGCUUACUGGCUUCUCGGAUAACCCUCUCAUUACGAGAGAUGAUACUCGGGCUGCCACGCUCGAACUAUUGAGAGCAUGCUGUCGUUAUCAAAGCCCGGGCCGCGCGCGAAUUCGACUACCUUCAGCAACUAGAACCCACUUCGACGAGACCGCCGCGCAGUUAGAGGGUUACGCACGACCACUUUGGGCUAUUGGUGCCUUAUUGAGUGGCACAGACGGCACGAAUGACGAUGUCAUAUCCGUGUCUGAAGAUUUCGCUCGUGGGCUAGCUAAUGGGACCGACCCUGCCCACGAAGAAUACUGGGGCCCUAUUGUCGUGAGGGAUCAACGAAUGGUUGAAAUGGAGAUCAUUUCCUAUGCCUUGCUCGCAUCACCGGAAUUAUUUUUUAACAGCAAGGACAGGCCCCCGACCAAUUGGCUCUGGUUUCGUGUGAUGAUUAUUUUGGCACUGCUUAGAGUGUGUGGACUCCCUCAAGCCAAGCUUCUGCCCUUAAUGGAUAAAGACCUGGAUGCUCUGGUUUCGUUCUAUCUUGGUGCGGGUUGGUCCAGUGACGGUAAAUGGAGCGAUGCUGGAAAACAAGCAGAUUACUACUCAGGCUCAUUCGCGAUACAAUUCUCUCAGCUCCUCUACGUCAAAUUGGCAGCAGAGAUUGAUCCAAAGCGAUGUGAGGCCUAUCGUGAACGUGAUUGCACAUUUGCAAGUCAAUUUUCCGGAAAUUUCAAUCAAGAGGGUGCAGCGAUACCCUUUGGAAGGAGUCUUACAUACCGAUGGGCAAUGGGGGAUUUCUGGUUUGCGGCUGCAUAUGUAGAUGUCAACUUUCCUGUCCCACUGGAUGAACCGGGAAUCGUAAAAGGCCUUCUAUUCCGGCACCCGAGAUGGUGGGCGUCAAAGCCUGAUAUUUUCAAUGUGGACGGUACCCUUAAUAUCGGCUUCCUCUACCCCAAUAUCCUGUUGGUCGUUGCCCUUCCUCCAGAGCACACAUUCUGGACCUCACAAGAGCUGUCGCUGCCAUCUAGCACAGCUUCGAUCUCAACAAAAGUUGAGCCUCCCAUGCACAUCAUCUGCGAUAGUGGCUCCCAUCAUUUCUUACUCUCCUCUGGGCACUUCUGUCCCUGGCCUUUGAAAGCUACUGAAGCGAAGUACGGAAGGCUUGCGUCUUCAUCGCAUUUCGGCUUUAGUGUGCCUACAGGAGCUCUCAUACAGCAGAUGGCACCUGAUAGCACUCUAGCCCUGAGUUUGAAUCAAGGAGAAUCCUGGUAUAGGAAGGAGGUGGAGACCUUUGCAGCCGCACUUUAUCGAUGGCCAGAUUGGCAUAUCAGAGUUCACAAGUUUCACACCACCUCAGGCCAGCUCUUGCCGCCGCUAACUACUGUUGUCGAGGGAGGAUUUGCCAUCGCAGGGAGAAAGGCAUCUGAUGGCUUGCCAAUUCCACCAACGCCACUCGGAGAUUUCACCAAAAUGGAAGACAGUCGGCUGCCAUUUGAAGCUGUGUCUACAGUCGCGCAUGGCUCUCUGAUCUGUUCCAGUGCUGGCGCAAGUGGCAUUCAGGAUCUUCGACCGUCUGGUGAUAUGAGUCUACGAGAGGGCACGCUCUUAGCCUCGCUUCCCACGCCCUCGAUUCUCAAACCAGACGCAAACACUAACUUGAUAUGGCCCCGGACCGCGAUCCCUACGCUGACAAGCCUGGGACCCGAAGAAGGCAAUAGGGGCCUGCGAGGUGCUCUCUUGAUUACUGGCGUAUUCGCAAUGGCAAAGCAAUGA